AUGUCGAUAAUCGACUUUGUAGUUCUUGUGGCCGGUGCCUCCAAGGGCAUCGGUAAGGCCAUCGCUCUACAGGCCGGAAAAGAAGGUGCAUGUGUGAUUGUCAACUACAACUCCGAUGCCCACGGGGCCGACGAGGUCGUUGCAGAGAUCGGGGCCAGUCGUGCGCUGGCCGUCCAGGCAGACAUCUCCAAGCCCGCAGAUAUCGACCGACUGAUCGAGGCAUCCGUUGCACGGUUUGGCAGGAUUGAUGUGGUGAUCGCGAACGCGGCGUAUGUGCCAUUGGCCGACCUUGAGGCGGCUACCGAAGACCAGUUUGACAUGGCAUUUGGCGUGAAUGUUAAAGGACCGUGGUCUCUUGUGCAGAAGUCUCUUCCCUACUUGAGGAGCGGAAGUACGAUUAUAUUCAUCUCCUCAGACUUGACCGACUUCAGUACGCUGCCGCCACAACUCUUCCUCUACAUCUCGACCAAGGGAGCACUGAACCUAAUGGUGCGGUCGAUUGCCCAGACGCUCGCAAAGCGUGGCAUCCGCGUCAACGCUGUGUCGCCAGGUCCUACGGAAACCGAUUCUUUCUUCAAGUCCAACACCGACGACAGCACUCGGGUAUUGGCGGAGCUCAGUCCGUUCAAGCGGCUUGGGAAGCCAGACGAGGUGGCGGCCGCAGUAAGCUUGUUGUGGCGUCCAGAGAGCUCCUGGAUUUCAGGACAGGUUGUCAAAGUCAAUGGGGCAGCGACCUGA